CGCAGCCAGAACUACUUCCCUGCAACGUUCGUCGGGAGGGGUCAAAGGUUGCCUUCAGAUCCCAUCGCCACGUAACAGUCACUGUAUUUUGUGUUAAUUGUUUGUAUAUUAAGUGUAUUUAUUGUAAAACGACGAUUGGAAAAAUCUGUCAGGAACUCUUCAGUGAAUAUCAGUAGUACAGCAGGAGUUCUAGAAGAAGAUAUGGCGCGUCUGGUUGCUGUUUGCAGGGACGGGGAAGAAGAUUUUCCCUUCGCCGAACGCCAGAUCCCUCUCUACAUCGAUGACACUCUCACAAUGGUUAUGGAGUUUUCAGAUAACAUGUUAAACCUUGAAGGUCAUCAGAUUAACAGUGCACAGAUGAAACAGUUUGUACAGUAUCACAGUAUGCUUAAGCAGCAGGAUCUCAACAUUGCCAUGAUGGUUACAUCCCGUGAAGUCUUCAAUGCACUUUCACAGCUUGUCCCAUGUGUUGGAUGCCGGCGCAGUGUUGAACGCCUGUUCUCCCAGCUUGUAGAAUCAGGAAACCCAGCUUUAGAGCCCCUUACAGUCGGAUCCACAGGUGUCCUCUCAGUAACUCGAACUUGUAUGGCAGAUGCAAAAAAACUUUACACCUUGUUUUAUGUGCAUGGGUCAAAGUUAAAUGACAUGAUUGAUGCAAUUCCUAAAAGUAAAAAGAACAAACGUUGUCAGUUGCACUCUCUGGAUACACACAAACCCAAGCCUUUAGGAGAAGGAAAUACAGAGAAAGUUAUAGAUAAGAAAAUCUGUGGAAGAGGCAAGAAAGAAGUCAGAUGUAGCAUCUUUUAUCACUUUGGACCUUUUCAGACCCCCAGCAGUGGCUGCUGGAUGGAUGUGUGGGAGCUCAUGUCGCAGGAAUGCAGAGAUGAAGUUGUUUUAAUUGACUCGACUUGUCUUUUAGAAACUUUAGAAACCUAUUUGAGGAAACAUCGAUUUUGCACAGACUGCAAAAACAAAGUACUGAGAGCGUAUAAUAUUCUCAUUGGAGAACUGGAUUGUAGCAAGGAGAAAGGCUACUGUGCAGCUCUCUAUGAAGGACUGCGCUGCUGCCCACAUGAGCGACACAUCCAUGUCUGUUGUGAAACAGACUUUAUUGCACAUCUUUUGGGACGAGCUGAGCCUGAGUUUGCUGGAGGGUAUGAACAGGUGUUUGGGACUGGGAUGUGUUUGGGAUGUGAUUGCAUCGAUUCCAGGCGCAGAGAAAGGCAUGCAAAGACAAUUGAUAUUGCCCAAGAAGAAGUUUUAACCUGUCUUGGAAUUCACUUGUAUGAGCGUCUGCAUCGUAUCUGGCAAAAACUUAGAGCCGAGGAACAGACUUGGCAAAUGCUUUUUUACCUUGGUGUUGAUGCAUUACGCAAGAGUUUUGAGAUGGCGGUAGAAAAGGUGCAAGGAAUCAGUCGUCUGGAACAACUGUGUGAGGAGCUCUCUGAAGAAGAGAGGGUGCGAGAACUGAAACAGGAAAAGAAGCGACAAAAGCGCAAGAAUAGACGCAAAAACAAAUGUGGCUUUGACAUACCUGGACAAGAUACAGAAGAAAAGGAGGAAAACAAAGACCAGGGUUCACCUGAGACACUAGAAAGUAGCUGUACAGCCUGCGGCAGCACAGAAGAAACAAGCGGUUGUGUUGAAGUAAUUGUGACAAACGAAAGCACCUCUUGCUGUUGCCCUGGCAGUGCAAUACUGGGUUCACCUAAAACAAAGAAAGGUUUAUUGCCACAUUGUAACGGAAGUGACUGUGGUUACUCCUCAAGCAUGGAGGGCAGUGAAACUGGGUCCCGGGAGGGCUCUGAUGUAGCUUGUACUGAAGGGAUCUGCAACCACGAUGAAGCAGAUGACUCCUGUGUUCAUCGUUGUGUUGAGGAUAAAGAGGAGGAUGGGGUUGACAGCUGUGUCGAAUGCUGGGCCAAUUCGGAAGAGAACACAAAGGGCAAAAAUAAAAAGAAGAAAAAGAAAAAUAAAGGUUCAGCAUGUGGUAAUGAUCAUUGUCACAAACUGGGAGGCUGUAUUGCGGAUGCAAGCAGAAGAGAUACUUCCGGGAACGAGCACAAUGAAAUGCACACCUGCCGAACCAAAGAAAGAUGUGCUGAUGCUUGUUGCAGCUCUUUUGCAAACGUUGUGCUACAGUUGCCUUGGGCAGAACGUAGAAAAGCACUGAGCCACUUCUGCGUGCUCACAGAAGCAUCGUCAUCCUGUCCUCGCUUGGACAGAGGCUCGAAGAGCUUGAUGGAACUUCUUGAUGAGUCUGAAGGCACUUCAGAUGAAGAGAAUUGUCUAACUCAAGAUGAGAUACAGUCAUUUGUGGCAAACAACCAGUCUUUCUACAACAGAAGAGAUCAGUAUCGACUGUACCUGAAAGAGAGAUUUACCAAGUACUGCCACUCAAAUGAGCAGGAGAAACACGUUUGUAAUGGUGGAUGGUUGGCCACAGCUGGGGCGAACUAAUGUUAAACAAAAGCAGACUUGUCUUUUUAUGGAAACUCAUAAUGACCACUGCGCCUUUUCUCUCAGAUUUAAGUACAUUGGUGUCUUGUUCAAUAAUUUUGUUGAAAAUAAAUGUGAUUUCCCUCCCUCCCCAUCCCCCUUUAUUUCUAAUGUCUUUUUCAGGCUGGUGGUGGAGAGCACAAUUAAUUUGACCUUCAAACUAUUACGUUUGGGUAGAUGUGGUAGCCUGCCUUAAGCUUUAUACUUUAAGUCAUUUUUUCUGUUUUAUUGUUUCUAUGACUGUGACACACUUAAAUUUAGUAGCAAAAGUUCAACCAAUAAAUGUGUACAGAAAUGAUCCAAAUACAAGAUUUUACAACAAAAAGACAUCCAUUUAUAAAGAGAUAUGGAAUGUGAUAUGUUAAAGCGCAUUGUGCAAAAUUUACAAAAUAAAGAAUAUUUAUUAAUAUGCAUCAAAA